AUGGUUUCAGAGAACCGCAAUUUCAAUCGGUAUGUUCGAGGUGGGCUUUGGCCCGUGGAGGGAGAGUUUCCUCUUGCUUCUAAGCUGGGUGGCAGGCGAGUUGGCAUCAUCGGCCUAGGAAGCAUUGGGUCCAGAGUUUCCAAGAGACUCGAGGGAUUUGGUUGCAUCAUCUCCUACCUCUCAAGAACAAAGAAAUCAUCAAUACCCUAUCAAUACUUCUCAAACAUUGUCGAUCUAGCUUCUCAUAACAAUAUCCUCAUCGUGACAUGCGCAUUGACUAGCGAGACGCACCAUAUCGUCGACAAAGAGGUCAUGUCAGCAUUAGGGAAGGAGGGUGUCAUCAUAAAUGUGGGUCGUGGAGCCCUCAUUGAUGAAAAAGAAAUGGUAAGGUGUUUGAUUGAGGGAGAGAUUGGAGGCGCUGGGCUCGAUGUAUUUGAGAAUGAGCCGUUUGUGCCGGAGGAGUUAUUUGAAAUGGACAGUGUUGUGCUCUCGGCUCAUCGAGCUGCAAUGUCGCCGGAAGCUGUCUCGGAUUUGUUACAGGUUAUUGUGGGCAACUUGGAAGCUUUCUUUGCGAACAGACCACUGUUAACUCCAGUUUAGGAUGGAUAUUAAAAACAAAAAAUAAAAAUAAAAAAAUAAAGGUUCUAUGGGUUGGUAACUCCCAUUUUACAGUAGGAAAUAAGGUGUAAUGGGUAUUUGCACAUUGUGAUUAAUUGUUGCAGGAUAAAUAUUGGGUCAUUUUACCCUA